UGUUGUCCGCUUGAGCGGAGAUUCUGACUUAACGACAUUUUUAGAAGCGCACAUAACAAGCACCGCCUUUUCGGUACAUUCAUAGCAGCACUUUUAGCGACUGUUCAUUGGAAGCGGGAGGGAGAGAAGUUUUUGCCGGGGGUUGUUAAAUAAUAGUUACUGCUUGUAAAACGAAAGCUGAUUUGGUGCUCAUUAGCACGUUCGAUUUUGAAUAUUGUUCUUUUAUUCUUUGCCCUACGUUAUUUUAGAGCCGUAAUAGUAUCGUGAGUUGCUUAGCUAACUUUUCUCAACGUCAACGUUUAGUCGGUCAAACCUGCCUAGCUUACUUUGAUUGAAGCUAAUGGCCACAAGAAAGCUUCCUAAAAAUGAUUCCCUUCCUUUUGGAGCUCUUCAGCUCCUGGCCCCGCCUGUCCGCCUGGUGUCCGCAGCCCUCUGGAAGGUCCUGAAGCAGAAGGAUGUGAUGCAGUAUGGUGUUGUGGAGGAAUUUGUGACAUCUGCCUGUGAGACCGUGCCAGGGCUGCUCACCCCGAGACACCAGGGCAGGCUGACACUGGGGCUGGCAGCACGGUUAAUCCUGGAGUUGUGUCGCACCCAGACUGAUGCUAAGGUGAUUACGCCACAUCUGGAAAGAAUCCGCGUUCCAGUUGUUGCUUCAUCCUCAUCUGCCGCUCCUAAGAAGAAGGAUGUGAAGUUGUUGAAAACGAUUACAAACUUCCAAGUUUUAAUCCAGACACUGCUACGAGACCCAGCAGAGAGAGAACAUUUCUUCAAGGAAAGGUUUCUGGUGGAUUACGGUUCAGCGUUCGACCAGGAGCUGGAAAAGCUCCUGUGGGAGUUUUUGAUCCGACUGGACCAGCUGCUGCCUGUCCCCAGUCUCGCUCAGACGGUGUCCUGGCUCAGUGAGACCCCUCCUGUCUUGGAGGAGUGUGCACAGGCAGCCACUCAGCCACAGCUCCUGAAGCUCUUACUUCAGCAUCAGACAUGUCUGGGUCACCUGGAACCAGCAGCGUCCUUACCUCCGAAUAUGGGCGACUCCAUCCUGGCCUCUCUCUCUCUGCCGCUGUCUGGAAAAGUGGAGUUGGAUCCGGCGACAGGAUCAGAUGCAGGGCAGACGGCGUCGUGUAUUACACCUGCGAUCGGACUCCUUUCUGGUGAAAACGUACCUGUUGUGGUCUUGGCUCGGGAAAAGAUGCUGCAGAGGGACGAGGCAACAAACUCUAAAGAAGAUGGAGGGGAGGAGGAGGGUGAAGGACCGAAGGAGGGGGGGUUUGUGGAUCAAAGCAGCGGACUGAAACGCAAGGGAGCCGAUAAAACUGAGGCUGAGGAAGCAGAAGACUUUUUGACCUCACCUUUGAGAAAGAGGACAAACGGUAAAAAGCAGCCGAGAAUAACGAAGAGUGAUGAAAGCGAAGCCGGAGGACCUGAGCGCGGUGAACAAGAACUCCUUCAUGCGUAUCUGAGCGAACACGGCUUAGAAACGCUUCGCUUGCCUGAAGAUCCAUCCCUGUGCUCUGUUUUCACUUCCUGUCUGAGCAGGAAACCAAAGGUUGUCAUAAAAAAACUGACUUUUGCUCCUGCGGGCUGUAGCAUCAAGACGUCGUUUUACAAAAAGCAACAUCAGGACCGGAGACAUCCGUCGCCGCGGAAACAAACGAGCAGCUGUCAAACUCUUCAGCGUCCCAGGAUGGACGAUAAAGAAAAUCAGCCUGUGCUCUCAGAUGUGAGCGGCGGCUCCUCUCUCCAGCCCCGUAGCACAGAGGCUGCAGCUCGCCGAGAAGACGCAUACGUAACAGACUCUGAGGAUGAGGCAACCAAGAACUUUAAAGGAAGAAAUCUUCUGGCGCUGAUUGUCGAAUUGUCUUGAUACAUGGACUGCAGUACCCACAUUUGACCACAGGAUGCCACUCUACUUCACGCACCUUUAAUUUCUCAGCCGUUUAUGGAAACUUUAUAUUUUGUAUAAAUCUUUAUACCCUUAAGUAGAAAUUAAUAGAUUCCUUGAAUGUUUCAAAUAUUUCCACUAAAACAGACUUCAAAAUGACCCAAAAAUAAAAACCGUUUUACUCAGACACACCAUUACUUGUGAUUUUCUCUGUUUUUCCAACUGAAUUUGCUGCCCCCAGCUGUUCUCGAAGCGCUACCACAAGACCAAACAUGGCACCUACUUUCCCACCCUGAGGGAGUUCUGGAAGCCCAGUAGGACCCAGGUGGACUCGGCCGCCGCCCGCAAACGCAGAUGAUCAACAGGACCAAUCACUGCAAUUGUCUCAAAGUACUUAUAAAAUAUGCAAAUAGAAAAAAUGCUGGAAGUGCUGCAGGGGUGUGAGAAAUCUUAUCUGGUGCUCUCACUGGUGCUCUUCAGCCAAGGGAUCCACAUAAAUGUUGGCAAAAGGAGAUCUGAGGCACUCAGGAGGUACAAAAAUAAAAAGCCUUUAUUAGUACAUAGCUUAAAUUGUUAAAAACAUCAAUGCCAACGCGUUUCAGCCCACAGGGCCUUCGUCAGGGCUCAAAAUGUUUGUAUACUCACUCACCCCCAUGUUAAAAAGGCCAAUCAAUGACACCUGCCAAAGCUGGGCAGGUAGACUGCAUUCUGAUUGGAUGGCCAGUACAACACAAAAACUUUUUACAUCUAAACAAUCCUAUUGUAAGGAUGAAUACUUACAAAUAUGAAAUUUCACUUCUAGAAUUUGAGAAAAAAUUAUAAAUAUGGUACACAAAUCGUAAGAAAACAUGAGAUUAUAAAUAAGGAGCUAAAUCUAAUUCUCCAUUAAGACCUGGGAAAUUAGUAGCUUUUAGUGUGUAAAUCCAAAAUGAUUCUCUUUGCAAGAGUUUUAGGGCUGAAACGCGUUGGCAUUGAUGUUUUUAACAAUUUAAGCCAUGUACUAAUAAAGGCUUUUUAUUUUUGUACCUCCUGAGUGCCUCAGAUCUCCUUUUGCCAAUACUUAUAAAAUAUUUUUACUUAAAGGAUAUGUUUGACUUAUGAUUUAUUAUCUCAUCAUGGAAAUGACCGCAUUAACUAAAAAUGCUUAUAUGUAUUGUCUUGAUGUCUAUGCAACAUUUAGUUCUUUUACAUACAUAAUGUGUUUUAAUACCUUCACUUAUUAAAGUUUUACUCAAAAAGUUGCUCAGUCCUUUGUUUGUAUUGUUGAAGAAACUACUUGGUUCACAAAUAAGGAACAUUUCAAAGUGUUUUACUUAAAAGGGAGACCAGGCUGUUUUGGCUUGCUUUUACCACCCCAAUGUUCGUUUGUAGAAACAAAAUCAAAACGUAUCCCCUCGCUGUGCGUUCGUCUUUUUAAAACCUUUAUUUAACAGCUGAAAUAUCUCCCAGCCCUCAUUAGUGUCUACAGGAGUGGCUCAUCACUAAAUUAAACAAAUCAGAUGUGUUCGUGAUCUAAAACAUGCAGGAAACAUGUUGAAACCAAACUGCAGCGCCAGGCAUGUCAACUCAAAUUUUUUAAGUCAACAGAGCGGACUGGCAACUCUGAAGUUGCAAAUGGAAUAUUCAGGGCACGGGGUCGAUGGGGGCACAGUGGCCUUUCAUUAACUCUGUAAAGCAGGGGUAUUCUGUUCUGGUCCUGGAGGGCCAGUGUACAUGUUUUAGUGGUUUCUCUGCUCCCACACACUUGAGUGGUUUAAUCACAUGUGCAGCAACUCAUCAGGCUCUGCAAAAGCUUGUUGAUCACCUGCUGAUUGAAAUCAGGUGUGUUGAAACAAACGCGCUAGAUACCGGCCCUCCUGACCCGGAAUUGAAUACUCCUUCUGUAAAGGAUCCU